AUGAAAACUCCUGGAAACAAGCCAACUCACUACAAACUCAAUGAAAUGUCAUCAUCUACUGAUAGAGAUGAUUCGGUGGAUGACAGUGACUACAAAGGCGCUUUAAAAAUCACAAGAAUUAAAAAUAGACGCUACAUUAGGAUGCCAAAUUUUGCCAAAAGAUCAGUUAAUAUUCUAAAAAAUUGGCUCAAUUAACACCUAGACAACCCAUACCCAACUCACAAAGAAAAAGACUCUUUAAGUCAUGAAAGUGGAUUAUCGAAGAGGCAAAUCUAAAAUUGGUUCACCAAUGCUCGCAAGAGGAUAUGGUAGCCAAUGAUCAGAGAAUAAUAAGAGGUGAUCGAGGAAAACUUCGAUGGCCUAAAGGAGGAAACUAGAGAAAAAGACCUCGAUAUUGAAUCUACUAAGCUUACCGAGCACAAGGAUAACUCAGACGACCUUUCUUCGGUACAAAAAGAAAAACUGGAGUCAAUCGAUCAAGCUUCUUAUCAAAAAAGCAUUGGACAUUCAAACUAAACAGAUAAUAUGCCGAGUUAAUAACAAUUGAACUAGUGCUCUAGACCUGAAUUAAUUCAGCAAAAUAUUGAUAAAAACAUGCAUGCCUAUCAAAACUUUUAAUGGCAAUAGAAUUAGCAAAUCUAAAUGAGUCAGAUUCAAAAUAAUUAAAGCCAAGGAAACCAUAAUCUUGUUGUUCCAAUUGUGCACCGUCCAUAGCCGUUGUUAAAUCCUUACUUUUCUUAAUUGAAUUUUCACUACGCUCCCCAAUAAUAAUUGAUCCUUAGCAACAAUCAAUAUAUUCCAUUCAAUUAUUUACCGAAAUGCUACAAUAAACCUACAUUUGUCCCUAUGUCAGGGGCACUUCAAAUUAAGGAUUCUAACAUUAUGCAGCUUGAUUUGAGCUAGUACUUGAGUCGUUUGUAGUCUUAAUAAAAAAUUUGA